UUCAUUCGGAACAAAAAUGGAAUUAUUAGAAGGUUCAGAAAUCUAGUUUUCGACCUCGAGUUGUAUGCCGAAAAACCCAAAAUGGGUAACUCAACGGUCGAGGCUGUAGCUUUGACAGCUGCAACGACGGUAAUACUUUAUGGGAUUUGUUUCUAUUUUUUCUACCGCUAUGUUAUGGCAAAAAAGACACGGAUUGAUCAUCUUAGUCUGAAAGUUGGACGAGAAGAUACAAUCAUGGAUGGUCGAGAACGAGGUGGGGCUCUGAAAGGAGUAUUGAUCGAAGAGAAUGGUUUAGAAGUUCUCUAUUUCAGGGAUGUUGAAGGUGGACGGUUGCGAACUUGUGUCUGGAAUUCCUUGGAAGAAGAAGAGAAAAGGACAAAAACCAUUCCAGAAACCUCACCGCCACCACCGUCACUGUUGUUACAGAAGCCAUCACCACCACCAACGCCACCACCGUCACUUUUGUUACAGAAGCCAUCACCACCACUUCCACCACCACCACCUCCGCCGCCACCACCACCACCUCCAUUGAAGAAGGCCUCGCUGCCAGUUCCACCACCACCACCACCUCCACCUCCAUCAGCAUUCCCUAGAAAGAUGGUUAACAAAGCACCACCACCACCACCACAGGUAUUUGCAAAAAGGAACCCUCCACCGUUUCAUUCAGGAAGCUUUAGAUCAUCUAUGAAACCACCUACUGCACCAAAAGUAAGGGCAGAUGAUCAGAUUGAAGAAGGUUCAAUUCGUAAUCAUGAAGUCCCCAGAAAGAUGAAGCCUUUCCACUGGGAUAAGGUCAACACUGAGGCAGAUCAUUCGGUGGUAUGGAAUGAAAUCAUUGACGGCUCUUUGAGGUUUGAUGAUGAGCUUAUAGAAGCCUUGUUUGGAUACAAUGCCUCCAAGAGAAAUUCUAACGAAGCAAAACACUUAUCCCCUAAAUUUGGUAGUAGCUCAAAUUCAACUCCAUCUGCUCAAAUUUCAAUUCUUGAUCCUCGAAAAUCACAGAACACCGCGAUUGUACUCAAAUCUCUUGCAACCUCUCACAAGGAGAUUCUUGAUGCUCUCUCGGAAGGCAGAGGAUUGAAUGCUGAUGUUCUUGAAAAACUGACAAAAAUAUCACCUACUGAAGAAGAGGCUUCAAAGAUCCUCCAAUUCACCGGAAACCCAACCAAACUCCCAGAUGCUGAAUCUUUCCUCUAUCAUAUCCUGAAAGCAAUACCAACAGCAUUCACCCGGAUCAACGCGAUGCUCUUUCGAUUAAAUUACGACCCAGAAAUCUUGCAUCUCAACGAAUCGUUGCAAACGCUCGAAUUAGGAUGCAAAGAGUUGCGAGCUCCUGGGAUUUUCUUGAAACUUCUAGAGGCUAUUCUGAGGGCAGGAAAUCGAAUGAAUGCUGGAACUGUUAGAGGUGAUGCCAAAGGGUUUAACCUUAGCGCUCUUCGGAAACUUUCCUAUGUUAAGAGCAUAGAUGGGAAGACUAGUCUCCUUUAUUUUGUGGUGGAACAAGUAGUCCGAGCUGAGGGUAAGCGCCGCUGCAUGAACAACAGGAAUCCUAGGAGAGAUAAUCAAGAUUCUGAUAUCAUGGUAGCAAAACACGAGAGGGAUAGACAAUAUCUAAUGCUUGGUUUACCUGUUCUUGGAGGCUUGAGUACGGACUUCUGCAACGUGAAGAAAGCUGCGAUAGUACAUUAUGAUUGUUUGAUGAGCAUGAGUCCGAAUCUGUUGAAACAAGUGACUGAGAUUCGAGAAAUGGUGACACAAUCUGGAGGAGGUGGGUUUGUGAAAGAAAUGAAGGAAUUUCUGGAAGGAUGUGAAGAGGAACUUAAGGUUGUGAGGAACGAACAAACAAGGGUUAUGGAACUUGUAAAAAAAACGAGAGGUUUCUACCAAAUUGGAUCUAAUUCCAUGGAGAAAGGGGAACAUCCACUUCAAAUCUUUGGUUUUGUGAAGGAUUUUCUCGACAUGGUGGACCAAGUUUGUCUAGAUCUCACAAGGAAGGUUCAAAAAAAGAAUGUGAAGAGCGUCGAACCUUCAUCACCAUCCAUAAGGACACCACCAAGGUUCCAAAACUUGCAAUUGCACUUCCAGCCUGAAAAUUCUAGUGAUUCAGAGGAUGACUUCUGAUAAGGACUGUGUACAUUUACACCCCUACUUUACAUCUACACGUGGGAUUUACUGAGUUAGUUUGGUUCGGUUUCGUUUGUAACAAUCCAUUUUUUGCACAGGCAGCAAAACAGAAUGUUGUAUUGGUUAUUCAGUGUA